UGAAUUACCUGUGUCCACGCUUAGAUGUUGUCAAGCCAUUACAAGGAUGUAAAUAUCAGUCUAUCAUCUUUUACGGGAAGUCAACAGAAAAUGGCGAUGUCUCGAGAAUUCGCGUUCUCCUGACGAGACUUGCGAAACGGAAGUAGAAGGUGCGAGAUUUGAAAUGGAUGUCUAUCAAACGUAAAAAUGCUUUCCCUGCAAGAAUACGACAACAGCGAUUCCAGUGACGCAGAAGAUGAAAAAACAGAUUCAACAGAAGAUUUUACAGCUCAUCUUAAGCCAAUCGAUCAAGAUAAAAAGUCCAUAACCACGCUGGCUUUAAAUGCUGCUCCAGCCAUUGCAACAAAGGAAGAUAUUGAACAAAAAAGACAUAUUGGAAGUUCUGUUAAAGAAGUUACAUAUAAUCCUAAAUAUGAGGAACUGUAUGCACCAAAGGUUGGGCCUACAAAUCCAUUCAAAACUCGACAGAUGUUGGCCACCAGGAACACCCUGGCAGGGUUUGCAGAGCCUGCACAUGUCAGUAACUUUGAGUUUGAGAACCAGAGAAGAACAUUUCAUAGUUAUGUUGAUAAAUGUAAUUAUUGGGCUAAAGACGAAAAUAAGGGAAAGACAGUGUUUGAAUCCACAAAGAAAAGGCCCGAGGAUAAAAGAAAGAGAUUACGUAAUGAUGACCCGGGCAAUAUUGAAGGAUAUUUAGGACCCUGGGGAAAAUUUGUUGAUGAAAAGACAGUCAUGAAACCAAAUGAGGAAGAGAAAAAAGAACUUGAUGAAAUUCUGGCAAAAAGAAGCAAAACAACAAAACAAACAGAAGAAAAGACUGGUGAUGAAAAGACCACUCUUCACAUCAAAGAUGCUUAUGACUACCAAGGGAGAUCAUUCUUACACAUCCCUCAAGAUGUUGGGGUCAACCUUAAGUCAGAGGAUCCACCAGAAAAGUGCUUCCUGCCCAAAAAACACAUUCACACCUGGACGGGGCACACCAAGGGGGUUUCUGCCAUUCGAUGGUUUCCAUUGUCAGCACAUUUACUGUUGUCUUGCAGUAUGGACUGUAAAAUAAAGAUCUGGGAGGUUUACAACGAGAGGCGGUGCAUACGUACCUACAGUGGUCACAAACAGGCGGUGAGGGACAUCACCUUUAACAACUCUGGGAAGGAGUUCCUGAGCUGUGGGUAUGACAGGUACAUCAAACUGUGGGACACAGAAACAGGUGAAUGCAAAUCUCGCUUUACUAGUCGGAAAGUGCCUUACUGCGUUAAAUACCACCCAGAGGAGGACAAACAACAUUUAUUUGUUGCAGGAACAUCAGACAAAAAAAUUGUCUGUUGGGACAUUAGGUCAGGGGAGAUUGUACAGGAGUAUGACAGACAUCUAGGAGCCGUCAACACCAUCACGUUUGUAGAUCAGAACCGGAGAUUCGUGUCUACCUCAGAUGACAAAAGUUUACGAGUCUGGGAAUGGGACGUUCCUGUGGACUUUAAGUACAUUGCUGAUCCUAGUAUGCAUUCCUGUCCUGCAGUACAACUUUCAAGGAAUGGUAAAUGGCUGGCCUGUCAAUCCAUGGACAACAAGAUAAUCAUCUUUAACGUACUGAACAGAUUUAAAUACAUGAGGAAGAAGACAUUUACAGGUCACAUGGUGGCAGGUUAUGCAUGUGGUGUGGAUUUUUCUCCUGAUAUGAGCUACCUAAUCUCUGGUGAUGCUGAUGGUAAAUUAUAUAUCUGGGACUGGAAGACAACAAAACUGUACAAUAAAUUCAAGGCACAUGACGAUGUGUGUAUCGGUGCGUUGUGGCAUCCUCAUGAAACAUCAAAAGUGGCGACGUGUGGCUGGGACGGCGUCAUCAAGUACUGGGAUUGAAGAGAAACAGUUCUCCAUGAAGAAUAAUAGUGUACUUCGUCAAAUGGAUAUAUGUGUUAAGUGUGAAAGGGCAGCUUUGUUUGUGAUGAAAUACACAUCAG